AUGACGAUGUUUAGUGAGAUAUUAGAAGAAAUGGUGGUGCGAAUCCUAUCAAGACUGCCACCCAAGUCUUUGGUACGAUUCAGAAGCGUCAGUAAGUUAUGGUGCACCAUCAUCAAUGAUCCUAGCUUCAUGGGCAAGAACCUUUCCAAUUCCAUGCACAAUAAAUUCGCUCCGGCCACUUGCAUCGUUGUCAAGCAUACUCUCCUCAAGGAUAGAAGCAUUACGGAUGAGAAAGAGAUUGCUGCUUUAAUGAAAACUUUCGAAGGCAACUAUAACAGCAUGGAUCUUCUCCUGUCAUUACUUCAUAUUUGCAACGAUGAUGACGGUGAUGAGGAUAAUCUUACAUAUGUUGUUGAGGACCUUGAACUUCCAUUUCCUUCGGGUAUAAGUCCCUCAUGUCUACAAAUUGUAGGGCAUUGUAAUGGAAUCAUCUGUCUAAACAAUAAUGUUGAUGUUGUCUUGUGCAAUCCUUCAAUUAGAGAAGUUAAAGUUCUUCCCGAAUCUUGUGUCCUUUAUGAUCUCCCUCCUACAGCUGAAGAUGAGGAUGAAUAUACUGCACCAUGGUCAAAUACAACUGCUAUGGGAUUUGGCCUCGACUCCAAAGCUAAAGAAUAUAAGAUUGUUCGAGUUGUUGAAACAACUUCGGGUUUUUGUAAUCAACACCCAACAAGAGCAGAGGUAUACACCAUGGGGGCUAAUGCUUGGAGAGAGCUCGAUAAUGUUGAUAUAGGAUGUUACGUCUAUUGGGCUCCUUCUUUUAACUUGCACUUCAAGGGAACUUGUUAUUGGUGGGCAUUUGCUCCAAUGGAUAAGGAACUCAUCCUUACGUUUGAUAUGACUGAUGAGCUGUUUCAUCGGAUACCUGUGCCAGAUUGUUUUGAUUUCUAUAACGACGACAGACGGUACAGGAGCCUUGCUGUGUUGAAAGAAUCUAUUGUUCUUUUGACCUAUGAAGCGGCUGAUGAAGUUCCUAAAUCUUUUGAUAUUUGGAUGAUGGAUGAGUCUGCAGGUGUUAAAGGUUCAUGGACAAAAUACUUAACGUUCGGACCGGUGGAAGACAUCCAAUUUCCGUUGGUAUUUUGGAAUAGUGAGGAGCUGAUAAUGGUUAAUCAUGGCAGUCGUCUAGUUUCCUACAACCUAGGUACCAAAAAGCUGCAUCAUUUUCCCAUUCAAGAUGUGCAAGGCGCACGCAAUAUGCAAGCUGUAAACUUUGUAAAUAGCAUCAUUUCUGUCGAAGGGUCGCUAGCCUGCGGUUGCAGAAUAGAAAAUACAAUCUAG